AUGUUAGCCUUUGAAUCUUUUGUUUGUUUAAAUGAAAUCUUUAGGACUGUUUACUGCGCUGUAACGCUGGCCGUUUUCAAACUACUGAAGUGCGUCGGAGUUUUCAUCAUCAGCAGUUUGCUAGAGAACAUUCAUGUGAUUUCCUUGUUGUUUCUCGUCAAAUUGAGCACGGCAGUCGUGAUGAUAAUUUUGCACAGACCUUUUACGUCCGAAGUAUCGUUGUCCAAAAGUCAGUGGCGACGUGUCGUUCAGCAUGCCGUCGUAAUUACUUUGUCGCAGAUCCUGUGGUUUUACGGUAUUACGUUGUGCGGUCCUUUGCGCAGCAUUCUCGUAUAUGAACACAGUACGACCGUCGUUCUGGCCGCCCUUUCCGCCGCGUUUCUCGGUAGUGGCGGUUCAUCCAGGCUUCGUGGUGCAAUGCUGUUCGCUUUCGGCUUCUUGUCGCUCAUUCUGUUGGACCGCGACGUGACGCUCGUACACGAGCACGGACAACGAGUUCGCUGUAAGAAGGCUACCCUUAGGUACUGUAGUUUCUCUCAGCGGAUGCCGGCAAGCAUAGGUACAAGGUCAUCAGCAUCACGUCGGCCUGAAUCACGUGUUUUACCACCUGAUCAACUGGUUCGGAAUAGCGGAUCACAAGGUCAGCUUAAGAGGGAAGUUGUUUUCGUUGUGGUUUUCAUGUUUGGUUUGUUUCAGGCUGGCGUGUUCGUGCUGGCUUUGGCAUUGCUGCUACGAGCGUGUGCAGACAACGUUUUCAAGCGACUGCUGCUGGACAUCGGUGGUACUAAGCGUGCCACCGCGUUUUCUUCCCUGCUUUCAGCGGUGUUGUUGUUUCCGGCGGCGGUGGUCGUGUUCUUCUGCAAGAAAAACGUCCGUUUUCGUUCUUUAUCAUUUAAUCGUUUGUCGUUAGUUGUGUUCGGAAUGAUAUUUUCUCAGGUCGACGUUCCGUCGUGGUUGAUGUUCCUCACUCUGUUAACGAACGCCGUGUUUCUGGUGUUCCUGUGCGAUUUCUACGUUGAAAACGCACUGUCAAAGCACGUCCGGCCGAUCUUCCUGUCGCGCUACUGUCCGUGCUUGAUGUUCGUGCUGUCGUUCGUGAUCAGCAAGGUGUGGUUCGAACCGUACCGGUCCAUCAGCCCGCUCGAGUUUUUUGUCGGCAUGCACAUCCCUGGUCCGGUGGAGCAUCGCAUAUCAGGCGGUGUUUUGUUUACACUCGUUCUGUUCGUACUAGGUAAGCUAAGCGGCGGGGCAAGACCGUCGUUGAUUAUCCGUUUAACGGUGGUCGUUUUAGCGUCGAUCAAUCUGACGACACCGGUGUCGCCGAAGGCCACGGCCGCACAGUUCGUCGGCUACUCGUCGUCCGGCUUGCCGCUCUACGUCUACGGCGAGGACUUCCUGCAGAAGACGUCGCAGUCAAUUGCGUUAUUCGUCAAGAACACGCUCCGCCAGAUUCUGUCCAACCGAGAUUCGACCAAGAUCUUCUACUUUCUGUGCUUGAACCUGUGCUUCACGUUCGUCGAAUUUGCGUACGGCGCCUGGACGAACAGUCUUGGUCUGAUAUCAGACGCGUUCCACAUGCUUUUUGACUGCUCAGCGUUGGUAAUGGGUCUCGUCGCGUCUGUCAUGUCAACAUACGGGCGUCUGGAAAUCCUAUCCGGCUUCGUGAAUGCCUUGUUUCUUGUUAUCAUCGCGAGCUUCAUAUUUUUUGAGGGCCUUCUACGGAUAUUCGACCCGCCCGAGGUUUACACUGAGAAAUUGCUGGUAGGUUGCGAUCACGACGAACAUCCUCAUGGCCAUUCACACAACGGCGGUAGCUCACAUUUGCCUUCCCAUACUCACAGUCAUACGCAUUCGCAUGGCCAUUCGCACUCCGGAAACGCGAACAUGAAAGGCGUCUUUCUCCACGUGAUGGCUGACACGUUGGGAUCGGUUGCGGUGAUCAUCAGCUCGGUGCUUAUUCAGAAGUUUGGCUGGCUUAUUGCUGACCCCAUUUGUUCACUUUUACUUUCGUUGCUGAUUGCAGCGAGCGUCAUACCUCUUUUGCGUGACUCGGCCGCAAUGCUGUUGUUGCAUGCGCCGGAAGAAAUAGGUCCUGAAGUUGACAAAGCGUUACAAAGUGUAGGCGGAGUUUUGAAACUUAAAAGUGAAAAUGGUGUAUCGCACCAAGCGCAUUCCUUCGAUUGGCGCAUGCUUUACACGUUUUUCAGCUGUAUAACAUUAUUGCAUUUUUCCUACAUGGCAAAUGCUAUGAAAAAAAGACACGCACAACAAAGUCGAUGA